CGAACACAGGCUUGAUGCAGACGUAUGUACUGUUAAACUUGACAGCGUGUUGAGUUGUUUUAUCGUUAGAAUAAGACUGAUUUCUCUGCUGACAUUUGACCUGUGUCUAAAAAAGGCUGCCUUCAGGCCUCCCACAAACAUAUUUUGCGUGUUUGGCGUAAAGUUUAACGCGAAAGUCGAGGAAGCGUGUUGUAAACAAUCGUCCCACGAAGUUACUAACUACAUGAGUCAACCCUUCCGAACUACAAGAAAUAUAUGGGGUAAGUUUACGUUGUCUGUACUGCUGUUUCACUGUUUUAUUUCUCAGCUGGUCGUGGACGUCCGUAAUAGAUCAAAUUCCCCUGUACUGCUAUAAUUUGUCAUAGGGGAUAGCAUCAUAGCCGCUUCGCGAUCGGCACAUGAAUUUUUGCACGGAAAUUUCCACCGGAUUAAAUUUGUGUAAACAUUCAAAAUUUCUAUGUAUUAUUCAAUUAAAGUUGUCCUUUUGUAUUAGAAUAUAUGGGCAGCACAGCCUGUGAUCUCUUGUGUUUAUAAGUCGGCUAAUAUCUCCACAAACCGCAACAAUUCCGGACAUUUUCGCACAACAAUAAUUUGUCAUAUUUUAAAUAAUCAGUGACAUUUAAACAAGCCAUUAUGGCAUUGUCUGUGAACGCAGACGGAAAAUAUUAUUAAAGAAGUUUCUUGGAUUUAACGCUUAGGCAAGUAACAAAAUAUAUCAUGUUUUUAAUAGAAUGUCUGAAAAUUACUUUGAAUAUUUAUUUGGGUUUUUAGUGCACAAAUUUGACUUAAACUCGCGCGAAAUUUGCGUUUCAUAUUGAGGGAAAAACCACUUGCGACUUUAUUUGUUUACAUCGAUGGGGGUGCGUUUCUGUACUAAUAAUCGCUACAAAAUGUCAGUAUUAUAUUUCUCACCGUUUAAGGACGUUUAAAAGAUGCUUAGGAAGACAAUUCGAUGAUUUUGUGAGCUUUUAGGAAAGGCUGUCUUCUAUAAACCCAUGGAAGGUUUUUACAGCGAUUAUUUAUACAAGCUCAUAUGACAUUGCAUUGUCGGGUAUAUUCAAUUUGGGUAUUAGCCAGAAUUAAACUGUAAUUAAUCCGCCCUAGCCAAAGUAAUAAUAAAAUAUGCUGUUUGCCUUUGUCUUAUUGUCAGGAAAGAUUUAGAAUGACAGCUUUUAUUAAUUUUACAACCAUGUUGUUGACGAAUUUUUAUUUUUCUCCAGAGGAAAUUUAUUUAGGAGUGUCUGUGACGUUUUUUACAGCGGAAGAUUUUAAGAGUUUGAAGUGCGACCGUCUACCCUUCUAAGUCUUGUGGACGAUUAUAUUGGUUAGAAUUUUUUAAAUUGAGGAAACGUUGCUGCUCAUUUGUGUGUUUGGCAUUAUAAAUUUAUAGCAAAUUGCGUUUAACCAACCACAAUAAAUUGCUAUCAUAAAUCUUGGUACUGUAACGAUAAUUUUCUUUGUCUUUAUAAAAUGUUAUUGUAUCUGUUGAAUCUGAAUUAUGUUAUAUUCAUUUUAAGCAAUAAACAAGGGAAUGAGGGAUAUAUUGCAUAUUUUGUAAAAUUGUUUUGAUAAUUUGUCAUAGAUGUUUAUGUUGGCAAUUUUCAUCACAUAAUUUUCUCCAUUUUUGGACAGUACAAAUAUUCUAUGCUACAAAUAUGUGCUCCUUUAAUAUGGCUUCACUUAAGAUUUUCAAAUGGUAUUACAGUAACAGCGCCUAGAACAUUUGAAAUUUACAAUGUCAACAGGAUAUAAUUUGUGAAUGGCAUUCAUAAUUGCGACUUUAAAGUAACAAAUUAAGUUCAUAAUAUAAUUAUGUGUAACAAAUUAAGUUCGCCGUAAUAUAAUUUUACGAGUCUAUCACCGCGUUUGGUUAUAUUCAAUAUGUGUUGCUAUUAAAGUGACUGUUUAACGAGUCUCUGCCAAAUAAAGCCCUUGUUUGUAUACGCUUGGGCAAUGUUUUAUGCGCCAAUACAGAACGAUUUUGGAAUUUGAGCGACGAAUUUGGUAAAAAUUCCGGGGUGGUAAUUGUGGCUGUCGGGCAAGCGCGUAGGUUGAAUAUAAUUUGUUUUGCGAGUAAUAUAUUUAUACUGUACGUUGUGUCGGAAUUUUCAUAGCCAUAUCUGGGAUUUGGCCAUAACUGGCAAGCAGGCUAAAUUUUUUAAGUCUCAGUAAAUAAAGCGAGCCAUCAAAUAUACAUUUCACAGGUUUUCGGUUUCCAAGCAGUUGUCAAUGGUUGCUUAUCAAUUGAGAGUUUUCAAGUAGGUGUUGUAUAAAAUUAUCUGUCGAGUGUUGCAGUGUUGUGGUGAUUCAAUAUAAUGAUAUAAGGAGAAUUUAGACCACUUUAGAUGCAGCUCAAUCAAUGUGUAAACAUUAAUUGCUAUCACAGAUGAGUUAUAAGGUUCUUUCACCUCGCAGAUAUUUGCCCCUCACUAUUUUUGUGUAGUACAGGUUAACCCAUGCUGUGAGAGGUUAUUAUGCACAGGUACAAUUAAUUAUUACCUGGUCGUUGUUGUCGUAUGCUAUUAGGCUAUAAUCCAUCAGAUAUGUGUGUGUUUAAAACGAAAUUUUUAGGGGACAUGUAUUUGAAUACGGUAAUUAGUUCACAGUUAGUAUCAGAGGCUGGCCUGUUUUGCUUUAUGACACAGAUGUGUUGGCCAGACCCCUUUUGUUUAGAUAUCAGCGCUUGUUAUCAUAAUUAAAUACUUUGUUUUGCACUGUAGGUUUUUGUUUUAUAGGUAGUCUGUGAAGUACUUAGUGUGAUUUUUUCGUCCAUAUAGAUUUGUGAUGACUGCUGAGGGCUGAAUUCAUGGUGUGAAAUAUACUUUUAUGCUGACAUCUUACCACUGCAACAUUGACAACUUUUUCAUUAAUUGUGUAAGUGCAAUUCGAAUAUAUGCAGUAUCAUAAGGCAUGUAAUAUAUGAUGAAGGGUUUUGUAGAUGUCUGGAUCUAUGGAAUAAGUUGCCCCAAAUCAUAACAUUACCCAUACCUUGCAUUGGUAUCACCUGGCUUAGUAUAUAUACAUGAACUUGUGGUUAAAGCUCAAUUGACAACCGGAAUCUGUAACUCAGUCGGUUAGAGUGCUGCAUCGGAGUCACAGGGUUGGAGGUUCUAUUCCUGCCUGAGGGCAUGGUAUGAAACUGUUUCUGAGGGCAUAUAUCAUGAGGGCAUAUCAUAAGGGAGUAAAGAGCACAAAAGUAACCAAAUAGGUAUAUAUUAAAAACGAAAUGACAGAUUAAAUUGAUAUACAAUUUUUCCUUCCCAAAAGUAUGUCACUUUCACUAGUGGCAUAGCCACGGGAGGGGGGAACCACCUUCGAGAUAUGUUUAAAUCCAUUGAGAAACUGGGGGGGGGGGUAACACUGAUCCGAUUUCAUGUCCAGCUUAUUAUUUGCAAUCUAAUAACUGAAGAUGCAGGCAUUCUUGACCAAAUUAUGAUGUUAUAAUCUAAUGAAUUUUGUAAAAUCUCACACCAGUCCCCAAAAUGCACGAAAUGGCGUUUCAGAGGCUCUGAAUUUCAACAUUUUUCCGGGGGAGUGUGCCCCCGGACUCCCUUACAGUGUUUGCGCCUUUGGCGCUCAAAUUGCCCCCCCCCACUUUGUGGACCCUGGCUAUGCCAGUAUGCCCCUGACUUUCAUUAAACUUUGGCUAGUACACAGCCUCAUUUUCAUGUACAAUAAAUUAGUUAAAGCAUAACGUCAUGUCAAUCAUGAAAACGAGCCUAUAUAAUGGCCAAUAUAACACACUUUCCGGAAAGCAUGUAAAUAGAUUGAUAGUAUCUGAAAGUUGUUUGUAUGGUGUGAAGCACUUUCUAAGGCAGCUAAGACAUUUCCCUGAAAAAGCUAGUGACCAACUCUGCAGUCUGGUCAUGGGAGGGAGCUAGCUAAGUACAAACUCAGAUGAAUUUCAUGAGACUGGCAGGCACCAGCCUGAAAAUUUCAAACAUCUGGGCUUAAUGAACACUACUGGUAAAGUAUACAAUAUAAAUAUAUUUUCCACCAACCUGAAAAUUUACAUUUAUAAGAUGAAAAUCUGUUUAGAAAAUGUCAUUCAUGCCAUUAACCCAGGUGGUCGAGCAAGCCCAAGUAUUACACCCUUUGGACCGAUUAUGUCACAAACAAACCUCUUUAUGGCCUAGCUAGCUCAUUCUUAUCAAUUGUAAGCAUAAGCAUACAAGGCGGGGGGCAAGAAAUAUUUAAGGUAAUAGUCGAAAGUGGGCCUACUGUUGGGAUCAUUUGGUCAUUUCUGCAUAAUUACCCGGCCCCUUAGAAGGGCUGCCAAGGGGUUGUGCGGGGGCUCAGGGCAAAACUUUCCAAGGGGGCCCAUAUGACAUCAUAAUUGUAAAAGGGGAGAAACAGUGUUAUAUACAGUAUUACACUUGUUUUAUUACAUAUUAUCUGACACUAACGCACCUUGGAUUUAUAUUCUUUGUUAAUUAAUAAGCAAUCUUGUAUCCAGGGAUGCCGGAACGAUGUGAAGGCAAGGGGGGCAGAUUUUCGUGAAAGGACACUUUUGAAUUGAUAUAUACUAAGAGAUGUUUGCAAAACAUCGGGAGUUGAACUUCGCCUAAUCAUGUUUUCUAUUUAUUGGAUGAUAGGGGUGUGAGGGGGUUCUAUGCCAGGCGACUGUGCUAUCAAUGCUUGAAGCUCGAUGACUGCAUUUCUUGCGUUUUCUGAAGCAAAUUCGUAAAAGAAUUGCACUAACAUUUCUGACAAUUCGCUAUUUCGCUAAGGCAAUCCUUUAAAUUGAAAGGGCACCUUUGCCCCCCCCCCCUUGCCCCUCCUGGUAAAGAGCAACCCCCCCCCCCCCCCCCCCCCCAGUUCCGUCGUCCUGCUUGUAUCAAGAAAUUUUAAGGGCCUUCCCGCUAGCUCAUUGAGUGACAGCACUCUCCCCUUGACGAGUAUAAUCUUCUGGCGUUAGACAGAGUAGGGAGCAUUGGGGCGCAUUGCCACUUAAUGACCGGUUAAAGUGGAAGACUCUCCCCUUGACAUGUAAAAACGUCUGGCAGAGUAGAAUAAUAAAGUAGCGUGCACGUAUUUGGGCACAUUGCAGCUUUAUGGGUCGUGUAUACGUACUGCAUAUUUUUGGGGAAUUUUAGGUAUUGAAAAUAUGGAUGUAGAAACACUGCGCUUGGAACGGGACGAGAAACGAAGACAAAGACGUGAACGUAUCAGACGAAUUCUGGAAGAUGAUCCAACUUCAACAAGCCGAACCAGAGAAGAAACAGAUUCGUCAAGGACUACGCGAAGCGCUGCUACAUCGAGAAGACCCAGAGAAAAUAUUACAACUUCAACCACAUCGGAAAGAACACGUAAUAAUAAUUAUUAUAUGAUAAAACGUCUAGACAAGUGUCCUAGUGGUCUUUUGCAGAACGCUAAAAAUGAUAGAAGCAUGAAUGAGUGGAUAACAUGGAGAACAGUAGGAUUUUCAAGACAACAAGAAGACAAUCAUGGAACAUUCCGAUAACUGAGUUCUAACUCGAUAGCACUAUUAUGGUUAUCGAAGUGAGAAAAUUUUAUCUGUUUUUGGUAAUGGAAACGCCACGUACAUGUAAAUUUUUAUAUGCAAAUAAUAUAUGUACGUACAGUGGUGUUUCCACCAACCAAACCAAAACUGAUAUUAUUAUUCACCAUGCAAGACACCAAGGAUUUAGCAAGGAACUUCUAGUUUUGCAUGGCGAAAAUAAUUGGCUAACAUAAUUUUAAUUUUUUAAUUUUUAAUGUCGUAGUUUUGUAUUUUGUGACCUCUAUAAACGGACACCUCUUUUAAACAGACAUGCCUUUUAAGGAAUUUAAGCAGACAGAAUUGUCACAGAAACGACUGAUCAGAAUGUUAACAUAUUUAUGAGGUCCCAAAGGUGUCCGUUUAACAAGGGGUAAACUGUAUCAGUAAGUGCAAACGAGGAGGGCCAACUCACGGAAGUUGACCACCAUCUGCUGCCCUGUACAUUAACCCAUGUUGAAGCCUACGACAUUGCAAUUCUCUAGUAUCAACAGUUGGGCCCGAUUAAGUAGAUUUUCAAUGUGACUCUUUAGGUUAUUCGCAUCGUGAUCAUGGAGACACCUCGCAAGAAAGUUCAACACGAAGUGCAAGGACAAGUCGCCUGAGGGAAAAUACUACAGCUACUCCAUCCACCCGUAGUCAAACACACACUUCGGAGGAGACCACGACAAGGACCACUACUACGACAAGAAGAUUGAGGGAGCCAUCGACGCCUUCAGAGAGAACAACUACUCGUUCAGAAAGAACAACUCGUUCAAACCACAUCUCUGAGGAGAGCCCAACACGAAGUACCAGGACAACUCGAACCUCGAGGCAGACUACGGACACAACAGCUGGCGAGACUGCGGUAGAUAGCAUCAGAGCGAGACGCGAGGCAAGGCGGAGAAGGAAUCUAGAACAUGAUGGUAAACAAAAUAAAAUUAGUGUAGAAAAUGGCGAAGUGGAUAAAGCUACAAAAUCUGAGACAGGGGAUCGUCGCAGGAUUGCUAGGAAUAAAAAGGAUGCUGAAGAUAGUGAGUUACCAGUAGAUAAGCAUGCGAAAGCCGAUGAUUCAAAGGUUAUUGAGAAAAGUAGGGAUGCGGUAGACAAACACGCUAGCAAGGAUACUGGCGAUAAUGUCGGUGACAGCUGUGAUCUCGGCAGAGUGGAAGAUUCUUCACCUGAAGAAAAUAAAAGUCAGGUCAAAGAAGAUACUUCUGAUAAAUCUAUGACUGAAGAACAAGACCAGGAAUCUACCAAAGGAGACAUUAAACUGACUGGAAUUGAAAACUUGGAUGAACAUGCCAUGGUCAAAGAGCUUGAUGCUGUUGAUAAAGAUUAUACUGAAGUAGAAGCAAAGAUGAGUGAAGCAUCUUCGGACGACUCAAGUAGUCGAAAUAAGCAGAGGAAAGGUGAACGGCCAAGGAGUGUAGAAAGUGAUGGAAUCGAUAACUCUACGACAGCUGGGUUAUCGGUAAUUGGUGGUGAAAAUCAGGAUGAAGUCCACAGUGAGAACAACACUGAGGAGAUUAGGCAUGUGAUUGAAAUUGAAGAUGAUUUGGAGGUUAAAAGAAUGGAAGAGACAGUUGAUAAGAAAGGCAAAGAGGAUGAAGAGAGUCCCAAGACUGGAGGAAAACAGGAUAAUGAACCUAUUGGUACUGGUGAAAAUGUUGAGGUUACAACUAUCGCUGAUGAACUACCGAAAACCAAAGAGGGAAGCGGAAUCUCGGAUAUAUCCACCACUGAGGAUAGACAAACCUCAGAUAUGUCUGCCUCCGAUGAACGUGAUGUUGAAGUCAAAGUUGUUGAGCAAACACUGGAAAAUUCCCCACUUGAGUCAGUCCCAGAUGAAACAAUUUCCACCAAGGAGAUAGCCGGUGCGGAUAACGGAUCCGUGGGCGAUGGAACAUCAGCGCCUGACAAAGGACUAGUGAUCCUCGAAGAACUUCCCGAAAUGCCGUUAGUGUUGGAUGGUGAAAUUACCGCCGACAAAUCGUCCAUUCCAACUGAUGGAAAAGCAGGCGAAAAUGAACUAACCAAGGAUGAGGCAAGUUUUGCUUCAGAAGAAGUUGCUAUUCAGUUAGAAUGUUCUGUAGAUGGUGUACCUCAAGGUUCAGAGAAAAUGCCAGAUGAUCUUUCGCAUAAGGUAACAGAAGAACAAAAAAUUGUAUCACCACACACCAGUCCAAGGAAGAGCAAGUUAAAGGCGAAGUCCGACGAAGCAGACACGAAAAGUAGUAAGACACCAACGAAGAGCGAAUCCGAAACGAAGAAUGAGCGAUUGAGAGCGAAGAGCGAUAUAAGUAGAACAAAGAGUUCUGAUGUUGGAACGAAGACCGACGAAGGAGAAACGAAUAAAACGAAACCCUCGGCAAAGAGUGAUUUAAACAGAACAAAGAGUGCAGAGUCGGGAACAAAGGCUACUGAAAGUGAAACAAAGACCGAUAACGUUUCCACAAAGCGUGAUAUAGCUAGAAGUAAGAGCGCCGAAUCGGCAGGGAAAGCCAACGACGAUAAACCGAAGACUGACGACAUUGGAGCGAAGACCUCGCGUGUGGGUAAACUGAAGGUGAGCGAUGAUGCUUGGAAGAAAAACGUGCGUAAAAAGAGAGGGGUUCCAGACGUGGACAGAGCAGCGGGGUUGAUGGCAUUGGGACGGGCGGGGAAGAUAAAAGAUAAGAUGAAAGGCUGUGAGGGCCGGGAUGUCCAGAGUGCUGAGCAAUGGAAGAGAGAAGUCAAGAAAGGAUCUCGAAAACACAAGUCUUUUGAUGAAGAAACUGAGAAGGAAUUGAGAGAAUUGUCAAGUAAACGUGAGUUGAAGAAUAUUGUUCAAUCUUGUGAGGAGAAAGAUAUGGAGAGUGCUGACACAUGGAAACGUGAGGUAAGUUGAGAUGGCUAUGACGUAUCUUAAAUUGUUCUCCCCAGACGUCCAGUAUCGUCUGUAUCUAAACCUGACUAACUUUAUCUGUACUGAUAGCUCUAUGAGUUCUAAAUCGUUGUCAUCAGGGCCUUUUUAUGUCUGCGCAGUUGCCUGGGAAGCUCACGCUCUUAUGGCUGUUUCUAUUCCAUCUAAUAUCCCGCAUCGGUGGGACAAAACUGCAGAAACAUGGUGACUUCAAAAAAUUUCUUGGUGGUAAUUGAACAAAUUUUACGACUUUAAUAGUGUCUGUUUAGGUCUAUUAGUGUUUAUGUUUUGUUCGUAUCUGCCUAUAAUACCAUGUUAUAGGUCAAAAUAGGCAAGAAAUGUCCAUCCCGGGCAGGUGGGAUGAAGCCUUCGUAAUAAUGGAAAAUUUUAUCCCACUUGACUGAGAUCCCACCUAGCACAAAGUGAGAAUCUCACCUGACCGGGGGCGGCUCGUUUCUCAUGAAUGUGAACACAAAUUUCAUUUUGUACACGUUAUCCAGUGCAUGCGGAUCUUAUUCGGGCGAGAUUCGUAGUGAGCUGGGCUUAUUUGAACAGGCCCUUAGAGGUCCAGUAAGGGUCAUCUCUUUGCUGGCCUAGUAUUAUUGCAGAAUCGCAAAGGCGAAAGGCAACAGCAACUACUUUGUCAUUAUAUCCCAUUUAUUGAUCUGCAUUCAUAAUACUGUUAUCUAGGUUAAAAAGAACGCAAGGAAACACAAAUCACUUGACGAAGACACAGAGAAUGAACUACGAGAGAUCUCAAAGUCAAGCAUACUAAAAAGCCGUAUUAAGGAAUGUGAGGAAAAAGACAAGGAAAGUGCGGAUGCAUUGAAGAAGGAAGUUAAGGCAGGAAGCAAGCCGAACGAUCCCGAUGCUGAAACGGGCGUCUCCGAAGACUUGAAGGAAUUCUCGGGAAGGGGUCGUCUUAAAGACUUGAUAUCGUCUUGUGCCGAGCGAGAUGAGAAUAAGGACAAGUCAUGGGAGAGUGCAAAACAGAAAGUGAAAUCUGCCGAUGAAGAAGCAGAAUUAACAAGUUUAACUGCGGCAAAGAGUAAGAUUAUUCAACAGGUUAGUGUUUUAUGUAGUUAGCAUACUUUUAGUUUGUCCAUCGCUGUCUGGGUUUCUUGUCUAUUACCCGUAUGGGCGAUGCCGUGACGAGAAGGCCCUUUGAGUUGUUCAUCGGAAUCGUACUACCGUAAGUCUUAUAUUGGGCCCCCCUCUCAAAUAAGCCUAGUACCCGCUCUUAAUCUUUUAUAAGCCACCCUCACCUUGAGACACUGCGCGCGGGCUAUACCCUCACCAUUUUCUGUACCUUCAACCCUUUGGCUUCAACUUUUCCUUGACAAGUCACUCAGGCCUUAAAAUAUCGGUUGGUCACGGACAUUGUCCGACCCAUUCGUGAAACUGUCCGACGUAGAGAGGAAACCACCGGACAUUCUGUCCGACCAAAGUGAAACUGAGGUUUAUUGGUUGUCCGACCUAAGUGUAUUGGUGUCCGACCGAACUGUAGCUUUGUCCGACGUAUAAAUCAAAAUGUACCCUAGCCCAGGACUAGAUGCUUGUAUGUUAAAUGGAAAUUCAGAGUACUAUUGUAUAAAAGGUGAACUGGAAAUGUUGUUUAACGUAUAGUCUAGCGCGGGGCGGCGAGCGAAAUGGUGAAGUGGAAAACGGGCUUAAGUUGUCGAAGUCUUUUUUAAUACUGCUGUUCUGGCAAGCAAGUUAAUUUUGGCUUGGAAAUAAGUCAGAAAGAAACAAAUUAUUUAAUAUCUUUACAACAUUUACCGUUUAUUCAUUAUUUUGUGUCAUUCAGACUUAUUUCCGAGUCAAAAUUGAACUGAAGGUCAUCGGACAUAUGUCCGACCCAAACUCAACGUCACCGGACAUUUUGUCAGACGGCCCUGGGAAAGAUAUUUUAAGGCCUGGUCACUUGAUAUAAAUUGAGUUUUUCACUCCUUAAUGAGCGGACUUCCCAACAGGCUAUUGCCAAAUUCAUAGGGGAUCCGAGGUACCUACGAUCCUUAUACGAGAAGGCGCGAAGUCUAACCAUUCAGUGAUGUCAGUGUAAAGGUAGCCCUUUUUCUCAAUUAUUUUAAGACCUUGAAUGGAGGACCGAUCAAGUAUUGAACCCGGGUCUCCCAGCUUGAAAGGCAAGCGUGAUGACCACGACACCACAAGAGCUGGUCAGUUUUGACCUGAAGGCUACCACUGAUAAGAGUCUGGUCAACGAAAAUUUGUCGUAUGGAACAAACUCUGAAUAGAAGUUUCAUCUUGAAACUCAAUAUUUGAGAUAUACAAAAGGAGGCAAGAUUCAAAUUUUUAAUCUUGUUUCCUCUUGUUUGUUUCUUGUUUAUCUCGUGUUUAUUGAGUUUUUAGAUGGGUCUUCUAUUAAUCAAGAAAAACUUAUUUUAAAACAUUUUUUAAUGGUUUUCACAGUACGAAGAAAUGGACAAACAGAGCGCAGAAUCGGGCAAGAAGAAAAUCAAAUCUGGCGAAGGAGCAAAAUCCUUUGAUGAAACAACAGAUGAAGAAUUGAAGGAGCUAGCGAAGACUGUGGAUGUAAAGACGAAGAUUCAAACAACGCUGGAGGAACAAGGGAAACUAGAGGAGAAGCAAAAUGAUCUACUUGAAGAUGAGGAGUUGAAAGAAAUUAAUAUAAAAGGAAAACUGGAAGUGUUUAAACAAGAAAGUGAUAAACAUACUGCGGAACAUAAAGUAAGUUGAUUCGUAGAUGAAAAUUUGGCGCACGUCUGUUUCGCUCUGCUCUGAUUUGAUUUGUGAGGUUUGCUUUCUAGUUUGCUCUGGUUUGCACAUUCUCACCAGGUCUUGUCUGGCAAAAUUCUGAUCCUUCCUCGUUCGCAUCUUAUCCGAUCUUCAGUUUUAGUCCAGUCCUGUCUAAACUUACGGCUAGCCUAGUUUGACCUGUUUUGGCAUGCCGUAAUGGCGUCACGACCAGAAAUUGCACAGAAAAAUGGCCAUCGUAGACUUUUUCUUUUGCUUUACUUGGACUUAUUUAUAACAAAAUGAAGCAUGAAAAUUUGUGCUUUGAAAAGUAUUUUUCAUUAUGCUUGAGUCACACAUGUUGUAUUUUGGCUUUAGCCUUUUAUUUGCCUCCAAUUUCUACCAAUAAAUCAGAAACAUUUGCCGACUAUGUCUUGAAAUAACUCUGUAGUUCGCUUCAUCAAUAUUCAGUGUACGUUUGCAUGUACGAUUUGACACAAUUAGCCUAGGUUAGUAGUAAUUUGUGGCCGCAAUUUCCGAUCAUGAAAAGGCUUGUCUUUGCUGUCAACUCUGUGGCCUGGGUUCAAUGCCUGCAAUAUAUUAUUGUGUAGUUUCUCGAGUUUUCUGUAAUUUCGCCUCAGUUGUAUUGAGUAGAGUGAUCCUGGGCUUCACGUUUCCAAACACAUCUCUGGAUACACCACUGUUCUCCUGUGGUAGAACUGGACCGGUAUGGGAUGGGCUUUUUUUUUGCCACAUGCGAUAGCAAUUACAAUAUUGUCAUCGGUUUGUGUAUUUUAUUUCAUAGGCUAGAACAUCGCCAAGUAAAACGUCAAAAGCGGAUGGCGGCAGAAAGUCUCCAAGCAAAACAGAGACCAGUGGUAGAAAAUCACCAAAUAAAGGGAGAACAUCACCGACUAAAGGAGAUAGUGGUAGGACCUCGCCGACUAAAGGGGAUAGUGGUAGGAUCUCGCCUACUAAAGAUCGUCCCAGAUCAUCGAGUGGUAGAGUGUCUCCAAGCAAGGAUAAGGCCAGGACAUUCUCAGCUAUAGGGGAUAGCAGUGGUCGUGUCUCACCUACUAAGGAUCGUAGUAAGACGUUGGAUGAUAAGAGUGGUCAGGCAAGUAUAAGUCAGGAUAAAGGUAGGACAUCCUCGACAGUAGGUGAUAACAGUGGUAGGGUGUCGCCUACUAAGGAUCGUAGUAGGAUGAAAAGGGAUAGCGGACGAAUCUCACCAACUAAAGACAGUACACAAACUGGUAGAACUUCACCCACAAAACGGGAUACGGCUACGGGUAGAAUCUCACCUAGCAAAAAUGAGACACCUUCAACUAAACGCGAUACUAAAGGACGGAUAUCGCCAACGAAGGAUAGCAAUACGCCGGCCAAGUCAAAACUUGAUAGCAUUCGAGCAAAUCUUAUGGAUGGCGGGAAGGGUAAACCGAAAAGCAAGCGAGAAAGCUUGGAUAGGGUUAAGAAAACUACUAGUAUCCAGGACAAAAUCGCCGCUUGUAAACAAAGAGAUAAAGCAGCCCCGCGAAAAAUCGAACUCCCGAAAGCGCCUUCGAAAUCAAAAACAGAGCCUGAGAAGAACACCCCGAAUGCGGGUAGUGUGAGUGGAGAGGCUGGCAGGUCUAGCGAAAACGGGGAACCUGUGCCAGUCAAUCGUGAGGGAGAGCAGUUUACGACCAUUGAGGAGGAGAUUCAAGGAGCUAGCAUCAAAGAUGCGUUGUCCUUCUGGAAAGAGCCUGGAGCCGAGAACAAAUCUGAAGUCCAAGAUGAGGAAGCGGUUGACGUGGAUAUCAAAGGAAAGAUGACGUAUUGGGAAUCUCCGAAAGAAGGCGAAGAUACGACGACGGGUCGAGAUAGUCCGCCCAAGGACUCGGAGAGACCACCGAUUGUGAUCCUGGGUAAUAUAAAACAAGGUAAUAUGUAUUUCAUAUAGAUGUGUAUAGGUUAUAUAGAAUAUUUAUGUUAGACAGUGGCGAAGCUAGCCAGAGGGACUUGGUCUACUAUGCGUAGCUUCGGUGGCCAUUGUGGAUUCGAUUCUCGCGACUUAUGACACUUAGUAUGUGAUAUGGUUAAUGCUCUGCCUCAGAUCGUUGGUUUUCUCCAGAUACACCGGUUUUCUCCUACAAGGAAUGUUGACAGGGUGGGUUGGGAUAAGCACCAAACUGAUAUUUCCACCGUAGCUUUACUCCGUGACCAGGCAUGAGUCAUAUAAUUCUGAUUCUCUGACAGGUUGGCAAAAAAGGAAUAGAAAGCUCAACGUAUCAGAAUUCAUCAAGGAACUCCUGAGUUCAAACUGUAAACGACGAGAUUUGAAAGAUAUUCAGGAUGUAAAGUCGGAGACGAAGAAAUAUUUGGCGGGAGGAAUGCAUGCCGAGGAGACUGGAACGAGUGCGAGUGAGAAGGCGGAUGAGCAAGAUGAGAGAGUGACAAAGGAUAAAAUUGUGUUGGAAAACAGAAAGAAUACCAAGAACGAUUCUGGAGAAAUCAGCGACAAAAAGUAAGAGCAAUUUGACUUAAGUCAGAUCCUCACUACGACGCAAGCAUAAGCACAAGCAUAAAUUAAAGCCUGCUUUACAAUAGCAAUUUUGUCGGCGAUUUCGUGUUUCUGACGGAUGCAAGUGAGUGAACUCGCACACAAAAGUAUAGAGUCGCUUUUCAGAAGUGAACAAUUCUAACUUUUUUUUCAUGUCAUUCGUUCGAUCACAUUUGCCAGGAGGAGAAAAAUUGCCGACAGAAUCACACGGCACUUCGUGUAACAGGACACGUUACUUAAAUCUUGUCUUGAUUCAAGGCUUUAGUAAAAUAAUACAAAGUAAAGAUAAUACCAGUAAAGUUUUUUAAUACUAAUCAAUCUUUGUUAACACAAUUAGGGCUGAUGAUGAAUUUUCUUUUGAUGACGUGGUGAAUCCUGACGAAGUUAAACAGUAAGUGUUUUGAUUUCUGCUUUAAAUCAUAGAUUAAGUAUGGACAGAUGUAUAAAAUAUAAUACAAAACAUAAUCCGAAGAUAAGCAUCUUGAAACCCAAAAUAUGAGUCAAACAAGAAAGUGAGUGAGUAAUAUUUCGAUUUUAUUACAAAAUCAUUAUCAGACUAACUGUUAGUCUGAUAACGAUUUUGUAAUAAAAUCGAAAUAUUACUCACUCACUUUCUUGUUUGACUCAUAUUUUGGGUUUCAAGAUGCUUAUCUUCGGAUUAUGUUUUGUAUUAUAUUUUUUGAAAUUGUCGGCUGGUAUUGGUUUCGGAUGUAUAAAUUCAGUAAAAAAGUUGUCCCAUGGUCGCCAUCUUCCUAGCCCGUGUCGCUCACGUGAUUACUCGUCAUUUGGUAAUACGUCAUUGCUUUCAAGAAUGCUUACAACACCUUUUCUACAACUUUAAUUGCUUUCAUAAACUUUGAACAUUCAACAAAUGAUGCUCUUGAUUGUCUAAUCCAUAAAUUUCGAUCCAAAAAAGCCGCAAUAAGUGUCAGCAAGUGUCAUGGCGUGAGCAUGACGUGUACAUCUAGGGAAAUUUGAGGACAAAGUCACGAAGUCCUAUUAAGUUCCACCUCUGGUAUAUACUUAAUCUGUGUCCAAAUACAGGUCUUCACCAACCAUCCUUUUAUAAUGUUCACAUCCUUUUUUAGACUGCGAGAUUUUUCUAACUUCCGACGUCAAGUUCGACCAACUAACAGACGUGCUGCAAAAUCAAAUCCUGUCAGGAAACUUCAGCAACGUGAAGAUUUGAAAACUGGAACCGAGGUUAGUUUAAAGAACUUUCCAUCAACUAACAUAAGCGCAAAACUACGCGAUAACGGAUACUCAAAGUUGUUGUCCUGGAGUUGGUUGCCGGAGAACCGGUUAGUUUAAUCCUGGGAUAGCUUCUCGACAUCUUCGUUAUAAACUUGACAAUGCUUUCCCAGAAAUAUUGUCUCGAUCAAAAUGAUGUUUUUUUUUAAAUAUGAACAAGUAUGCAAAAAUGCACUAAGCAAAGCAGUGGAUUACGUUCCAGCCUGGAGUUGGCGCUAAUCGAGCUUUGAACAACCGGACGCACAGAUAAGAAGGUUAUCUUUCAUACGGUGCAUGUAGUCAAUGGGCAAAAUUUGUUAUAGAAACUGAAAAAAUUCUGACCAAAAAACUUAGUAAAAUAAUGCACCCGCAGUGUCUCAAAAUAUUGAGGAAAAUUACUCAAAUUUUGAGAAAAUGUACCCAUUUUUUCAAUAAAGUAAAUCUUAACUCAAAAAAUUGAGUACAUUUGUUAAUAAAUUUGAGUAAUUAAAUUCGAAUUUUGAGUCACUGUGGGUGCACUAUUGAGUCAAAAUACUGGGUUUACAGUGUAUAACAAUAUUAUCCGUUACUGAAAAUCCCAGAUAGACCAUAAGGUGAAUAAUGUUUGCCCGUCUGCCUAUUAUACAGCGCUUGCGCAUGCAUUUAAGAGUUCUUCAUACCGUUUAAAUCUUUAUUUCUUCUUUCUUUAAAGGCUUUCAAUGACGAAGACAUUGACGAUGAUGAUGAAGAAGAUGCGCCGCUCAAACCGACUGCAAUAGGAAGACUGGGUCGAACGAUAGAACCUGGAGAUAGAAGUAAGAUAUUAGAGACCCUAUAAGAUUGACGUUUACGACAGACUCCGCUAACCGCAAAUUUCAAAAUCGUAUUUUGAGCUCAACUGUUAGCUGUUCGAAGUUAGGGUAAUUUGCGCGUUAAAAUUGUAGCAUGUCGAAAACUUGUAGAACUUACCUUCAAAUGUGAUUUGAAAUUUACCGUUUGCUCUUACCGGUGACGGUCAAGGCUACUUUCCUACGUCCAUCUUUAAUAUCUUUAUUGAUAUAUUUUACCUUGCACAAUUGUAUUGUAUCCAGUGGCGUAGCCAGCCCGACAACUUAGUCCCGCUACGCAAAUUCAAAAUUUUUAUCAUUCAUUUCUUUAGAAAUUGAUUGUUUUCACAGUCAAUCAACACGAAAAUAUUUGCGUAGCGGGCUGGCUACGCUACUGAUCGAUUCCAUUCCAGCAUCAUCCGAAUACGUUGCAGCAUCAUAGGGAUGCACAAUUCCGCCACUAUUGCAAAUUAUAUAAAAAUGCCAUGAAUCACUAAAAUUUCAGUUUGCAUAGUGUUUCAAUAGAUGACAAUUACAAUUGUUACUAGUGAAAGGUAUAGUAAAAGUUACGUUCUUCACAUUUUCUAUUUAUGUUGUAGAAUCUAAAGACAACAAUAAGUUUGCUAUAGAUGCUCUGGCAGGUUUAGCUGCGAAGGAAGACGUUUCUAAAAUCACUUUAAAGAAAACGUCAAAAUCGAAAACUGGAGUGAGUCAGGAGAAGAGUGAAUACGAUGGAACAGCGCCUGUCAUGCUUUUGCAAAUUAAAGGUAAAUAUGUGCCAAGUGUGAAUGGAAUAGUACCAUAACAUACCCUCAAUAUGUUCUUGUGAGUCCUGUCUCGAGAGGACUCACGAGCAUAAUGCGAGUCCUGUCUCGACAGGACUCACAAGCAUUCAUAUGGAACUGCAUUUAAUAACAUACCCUCAAUACCAUAACAUACUCUCAAAUUAUAAGAACAUACCCUCACAAGCAUUCAGAUGGAAUGGUAUUGUAUGGUGGCAAUACUCACAAGUAUUCAGAUGGAACUGCAUUAUAACAUACCCUCAAUACCAUAACAUACUUUCAAUUUAUAAGAACAUACCUCACAAGCGUUCAGACGUAAUGGUAUUGUAUGGUGGCAAUACUCACAAGCAUUCAGAUGGAACUGCAUUCUAACAUACCCUCAAUACCAUAACAUACUUGAACAACAUUUACACUGUCUUGAAGUUUCCAUAUACAAAAACCCUUCAACAUUUUUCGAAACACUCUAUAUUCUGUUAGAUUUCGUGAUGGAACUAUAGCAAGUAUUAUUCAUAGGUUGCUUUGAGGAAAUCGAUUUUCGUAAUCUUGCCUAAAAACCCCUAUACAUUUCUCGCCAUAUUAUAGGUCAUCGUCACAUGCAAACACGAUUGGUUGAACCAAGUGUUGAGUCAUUAAACUCGGCCGAUUCAUUCUUACUGGUUACGGAGAAAUAUCUUCAUGUUUGGAAUGGCAAGGAUUCGAGUGUUAUGAAGAAAUCCAAGGUAAUGACUAUAUAUAUGUAUCCUGCAGCGAUUGCCCUUCUGUAUACGGUGGGCUGAUGCCGUUGUUGGGUAGAGAUCGAUUUUGGCAUCUCGAAUUGUGCAUUGGAACAGAAUUAUUUAUUGAAUUUUAAACCGAUUUUGGCAAUCAGAUUUUCUCCAAAUUUCCUUGUUAUUGUCUAGGCGUCAGAACUGUCGAACAAAAUCCUGCAGUACAAAUUACUGAACUGCAAUGCCACUGUGGUAACAAUUAUUAAAGACGGCGGAGUGAAUGUCGAGACAGGACUCACAAGAACAUUUUGGGAUACUUUGGGUGGCAAGAAGACUGUGAAGGGUAAGAAUAGAACCCCAUUAUGAUUCGCUACGACUAUAAAUACAAUAAAACAAUAAAUCAAAUUCUGAAAACCAACCCACGUUUUGGACACUAAUUAUUUAUAGAACUCAAAAGAGAAAAAUUGUGCAGUACAUUUGUCUUGUAAUUAUGUCAUUUGCGUACGAAUGACAAUAAAUUCAAUUAAUAUAUAAUAUAGCACUUCAUUUGAUCAAUAUACCUUAACCAUAUUACGAAUUUGAAAUGAAUUGCAAUUGACAAAUCUAGUAAUAACAUCCUUAGUAUAUGUAACAGACAAGUGGGAGAAAUGAUUCAAAAACGUAAUGCGGCAAAACGAUUGGCCCUAAUGUCAGUGCAGAUCAAUCCGUAGACGGCCAUAUGCCAUGGCGUUUUCCUCGGAAAAUGGCCAAUGAACAAAAUGCCCAAAUUUUUGUUCAUACUUCUCACUUUUAAUCAAUGGAUUUUAACCAUUAUGCUUUGUUGCGCAAUUAAAUCGACUUGAGGUGAUGUCAAAUUGCUCCAUCCAUACAUACCGUUCGAUCGUACGUCUCAUGUUGAAAGGGCGAAAGUUACAUGAAGAACAGUUGAGCCUAAUCUUGGCCAUUCAAAACUAGUUUGCUAGUUUUAUCUCCCCCAUGAUCAUAUUUCAAAGGCCAGUUGCAUAACAAAGUUGUUAAUGUACACAUUUUCCCACUUGUUAUUCACAAUCGUCAUUUUUUAUGUAGGUAGCAAAGAAGCACCAAAAGAUGGCGAUUAUGAGAAGGCAGUUGUCUCAAGCAAUGUUGUUUACUCCGUGGACACGAGCACCGAACCAGCGACAUUACACAAAAUGUCGGAACUGUGCGGAAAAAUACCGAAAAUAAACAUGCUGAACUCCGACAAGG